AUGGCUACGUGGUGCUCCGCAGUAAUGGUGUUACUCGCAGUGGGCCGAGGCCUGGGACGACCCGAAGCGCCACUGACCGGUUUCGGCGGAGGUGGUGGAGGAUUCCCUGGGCUCACGCUGGACAGCUACGCAGCGCCCAUCAGUGGCGGCAGUAGCAGUGGGCCGUACCCAAGCGGUGGGCCACCACCACAGUACGGGCCACCGCAGCAAGCGCCCGUCAUACACAAGCACGUGUACGUGCACGUUCCACCCCCAGAGCCCACGUACUACGCCCCGAAGAAGCCUGUGCAGCCUCCGCCACCACCGCAAAAGCACUACAAGAUCGUGUUCAUCAAAGCACCCACACCACCACCACCCACCGUGCCAGACCUCCCACCGAUCGCACCGCCAGCCGAACAGAAGACACUCAUCUACGUGCUGGUCAAGAAACCGGACGAGGCGCCCGAGAUCCACAUCCCGACGCCCGCACCCACACAACCGUCCAAACCGGAAGUGUACUUCAUCAGAUACAAGACCCAGAAACAAGAAGGAUACCCCAACUCAGUAGCUUCCGAGUACGGACCACCUGCGAGUCCGUCUCCGUCGAUCCCGUCUGACACGUACGGCUCCCCAUCACCGUCCUCCGGAUAUGGAGCGCCCAGCGGUCCUGGAUCACUGUACUGA